AUGGAGUGGAGGUUUAGGUGUUGCUUUAGAGGGUAUCAACCAAUCACUGACCUUUUGCCAAUCACAUUUCUCCCCGGCUUCUCCAGAAGUGCCAUGUCACGACAUAAGGUCGUCAUCGCACCGGCUACUCUCGCGUAUCGGAGCCUCAAGUCUCUAAACGACACCAUUACCACCCUCGGUCACGCACCAGACAAUAUUAGAGACCUCUGUAACGAUCUCGACAUACUACAAAAUCUUUUUAGCUCCCUCCAGACAGAGCUCGGAGAUGCUCAGAGUAUCAGCGAAACUCAAUCUUUGACUCUGGAAAGAUUAAAGCCUGCACUGAACAAUUGCAGAGCAGCUUGUGAUGGGUUCAAUUCCAAGCUAUCUCGAUUUACCUACCAUUCUGAUGCCGAUAAUGUCAACUGGUCCUGUCUACAAUUUGAAGAAGAUGACAUCCUACCCUUCAAAGCUAAGCUAGCGGACUGCAAGAAGAGCGUGGAGGAAAAGACCGGCAAUAACGUCAAAUAUGCGCGAGCAUUCGACGAGUCGCGACAGUUCAUUGGUAAUAUCGGAGAUGCUGGAAAAGGCUGCCCAGUGACGAAUGUUGAAUACGGAGAUGCUCGACAGAAGUCAAAACAAGUCAUAGGGAAUAUGUCGGACGAGGCUGCCAGAGAACUGUUCAAGUGA